GCCUCGUUCAUUCCUCACAGCAUCAUAUGUCUCUGUAUAUAUAUAGGUUGCACCAAAGAAAAAGAGAAUAAAAGCAACAACGUCACCCAAAUCUCUCUCACCUAAUUUGUGUUUCUUUUAUACUUUGAUUGUUAGAAGGUUAUAAUUUGUGUUUCUUGGUUUGGUCAGAAUCUUCAAGAAACUGAAACAAAGAAUAUGGAUUCUAGUUGCAUAGAAGAGAUAAGUUCCUCCACUUCGGGAUCUUUCUCCACCACCACAGCCAAGAAACUCUCUCCUCCUCCUUCUCAGGCGGCGGCGUUUCAUCUCUACCGGAUGGGAAGCGGCGGAAGCAGCGUCGUGUUGGAUUCGGAGAACGGCGUAGAGACAGAAUCACGGAAGCUACCGUCGUCAAAAUACAAAGGCGUGGUUCCUCAACCUAACGGAAGAUGGGGAGCUCAGAUUUACGAGAAGCAUCAACGAGUAUGGCUCGGCACUUUCAACGAGCAAGAAGAAGCCGCUCGCUCCUACGACAUCGCCGCACUUCGGUUCCGCGGCCGCGACGCCGUCGUCAACUUCAAGACCCUUCUCGACGACGGAGAUUUAGCUUUUCUUGAAGCUCACUCAAAGGCAGAGAUCGUCGACAUGGUGAGGAAACACACUUACGCCGACGAGCUUGAACAGAACAAUAAACGGCGGUUGCUUCUCUCCGUCGACGCCAACGGAAAACGUAACGGAUCUAGUACGGUUCUAAACGACAACGUUUUGAAGACGCGUGAGGUGCUUUUCGAGAAAGCUGUAACGCCUAGCGACGUAGGGAAGCUGAACCGUCUCGUGAUACCUAAACAACACGCCGAGAAGCAUUUUCCGUUACCGUCACGUUCACCAUCAGUGACUAAAGGUGUUUUGAUCAACUUCGAAGACGUUAAUGGUAAAGUGUGGAGGUUCCGUUACUCAUACUGGAACAGUAGUCAAAGUUACGUGUUAACCAAGGGUUGGAGUAGAUUCGUCAAGGAGAAGCAUCUCCGAGCCGGUGAUGUUGUUACUUUCGAGAGAUCGACCGGACUAGACCGGCAGCUUUAUAUUGAUUGGAAAGUUCGGUCUGGUCCGAGGGAAAACCCGGUUAAGGUGGUGGUUCGGCUUUUCGGAGUUGAUAUCUUUGAUGUGAAUACCGUGAAGCCAAACGACGUUGUAGCCGUUUGCGGUAGAAAGAGAUCUCGAGAUGCUGAUGAUAUGUUUGGGUUACGGUGUUCCAAGAAGCAGGCUAUAAUCAAUGCUUUGUGACAUUCUUCAUGUUUUUCAUUUACUUUUUCUUCUAAUUUUAAAUUUGUCAAGUUAUAGGUUUGUGAUUCUUGCUAAGUUGUAUUUAGAAAAAGAGGACAAGAACAAAAAAAAAAAAAAAAAAAAAAAAAAAACAAAAUUUGUAAUGUUGAGAUGUUUGCUCAAUUUUCAAAAAAAAUCCUAGCCCUUUCAAUUGUACUAUUAAUCUCUCUUCUCGCUAUCUAUAUAUGGUGCUUUUGAUA